GCUGCCUUUGACAUCCAGUACCAGCGUCUGAGAGACAGGGAAACACAGAUGAGAAGUACGGGGGCGAAGGAAGGUCGGGCUAAACUUUUCCCAGUUAAGUGCGACUUGACGAGCGAGAGCGAGAUCCUUGCUGGGUUUGAAUGGGUGGCGAAGAACCUAGGAGGGGUCGACGUCGUCGUCAACAACGCCGGGAUCACCCACUACUCGAAAGUGAUCGAAAGCGACACCGAGGUCUUCAGGCGGAUGCUGGACGUCAACGUCUUGGCAGUCGCCAUUUGCACGAAAGAAGCCGUGGCGUCGAUGCGCGUCAGGGACGUCGAAGGCCACGUCUUCAUCAUCAACAGCCUUCUGGGCCACGAAAUUCCCGAAGGCGUUCUUCACCGGGGUUGGAACUUGUAUCCGAGUUGCAAGCACGCCACGGUUGCGAUGGCCAGCAUCGUGCGCCGGGAGCUGAUCGACGUCAAGGCCAAAGUCAGGAUGACCAAAAACUUUUUCCUAACUCCAUUAGGUUUUCGAGAAACAAGAGAGGGGUAGAUGUCCUCCUGAUUUCAAAUUCCACUUUUCUAUUCGUAUUACAUCGUGGAGAGACAAAAAUUAAGAACAGAAAAGAAUUCGAGAAGAGAAAUGUUCUAUCAAAUUCUGGUUUCCAUAUUUCCGUAACAAUUUUUCCACGGUUCUGUUGUUGGAUUUCAUCUUAUUGCAUCGGCGUUAAUGUAAGGCGGGAAAAGAAAGAAUGUGCUAGAUGUGGAGGUGUAUAGAAGAGGAUAAAAAGUGGUAAAAAUGGAAGAAGAGGAAAAAGAAAAAAGUAAAAAAUAAAUAAAGGACGUAUACCUUUAAGCGGCUAACCAGAACAACGGGCUGUAUCGGUGAAACGCGGUGGAAUAACACCCUAAUUUAUGGUCGUCACACAAUAACCGUCAUAAAUUGCAUCUGAGCCCACCAACCAACGAAACGAGCGAACGAACGAACGAACGAAUGAACGAACGAAGGGCGAAGAACAGCUCGCGAUAGUCGCGAUCACCUAUAUUUUACAUCACGAGCGAGGAGCCCGAUGUACAAAAUCGGGGCAUAAUUUAUCUGUUUUCAAAUAUACGCUACGAUAAAUUUGCAUAUUUUAAUAUAAAUUCCCGAAUACCGA